AUGCCUAAUAUUGCUGCACUAUCUGAAGGAGCUACGCGUGCCAUAACAUCGACUCUCGUUCUUAGUGAUGCUGUUUCUGUUACAAAAGAAUUGAUUGAUAAUGCUCUGGACUCACGCGCGACCAACAUCGUUAUAGAAAUCUCUGCGAACACCUUAGAUACCAUUCAACUGAAGGACAAUGGCACUGGAAUUGGGGUCGAAGACAGACAGCUGCUUUGCAAACGUGGCUACACUUCUAAGAUCAGAACUUUCGAAGACCUGACUCAACUUGGUGGCAGUUUUCUGGGCUUCCGUGGAGAAGCGCUUGCUAGUAUAGCGGCACUGAGUCAAUCAGUUCAGGUUACGACUCGGGUCGAUGGUGAGGUUGUUGGUACUCAGCUCAAGUUUGAUGCAGCUGGCAAGCUUGUAGGUUCUUCUUCCGCGUCACAUGGCACCGGCACUACUAUUCGAGUUUCAGACUUUUUGCAAGGCAUUCCCGUACGGAGACAAACUGCUGUAAAACAAGCCACGAAGACUUUGGCGAACGUGAAAAGAUUGCUGUUUGAUUAUGCUUUCGCAAGACCAACAGUAAGAUUUCAGGUCAAGGUUCUUAAGUCGAAAAGCGACUUCAAAGACAAUUGGUCUUACGCACCUUGCAAAGAUGCCACAAAUCUAGCUCUUAUGACAUCGAAAAUCUCAGGAAAGGACCUUGCUGGACAGUGUCGUCAGGAGAGCAUCUCUUCUGAAGAUGGAUAUUAUCAUAUUGAUGCGUUUGUGCUAGCUGGUGCGACAGAUGAGUUGUGGUCGCACUCAACUGAACAGUUUGCCUCAAUCGAUGGAAGACCACUCAUUGCUGACAGAGGUUUCAUGAAAGAUGUUAACAAGAUCUACAAGGCAUACCUUCGCAAUUUCCUUCCGGUCAAAGAUUCCAUGCCCAAGAAGCCUUUUCUCCUCUUGAGGUUACAAUGUCCUAAAGGAGCUUAUGAUGUGAACGUCGAGCCAGCAAAGAAUGAAGUGUUACUCAACGAUGAUGGAGUUGUGCUUCGACUGUUCGAUAAUCUUUGUCAGCGCGUAUAUGGCGAGAAGAACGAGCCGCAACCACCUACUCGCACGAGGGGAGGUGGAUCCAGUAUAUGGGACAGUCCAUCGUUCGAAAUGUUGUUGGCCAAGAAGCCAGCUUCGUUGGGUACACCUAGUCCAAGAGAAGAACAGCAAAAGCCAGAACCAGCGACUGCAAUGCGAGAUGACGUUUCUCAGAGUCUUAGGCAAGUAGAGAACAGUAGCAGCUUAGCAGCUCAGUCGAAGCUUAACGUGCACCGCAAUAUGUACGACCAGCUUCAUGAUGGUGUAGGCACCACUGAGGACAAAGAAAAAGGUGGCGAUGAUUCCAUUCUCACGGAAGAAAUGGAAGAAGCCUCGGUCAUGGAUCCUCAGGUCACAAAUCCAUUCACAUUGGCUAAGGUGAAUGCACGUGUCCAGCCUCGUUCACAGGACACCUCUAAUGUACUUGACGUGCAAACAUCGCCUGAUGACCCAACCAGGAAGAAUCAACAAGGAGUUCUAGGACACUCGCCUGGCCUUAGAUUAGAUGCACAGAAGCAGUAUCCGACUGAACUUCCAUCCCCGAGCGCAUCACCAGAACGUCCACUGCUGUACCAGAAUCCUGGUCCUCCUCUGCGACCAUGGAAGAAGGGUACAGCACCAGACUCUACGAUGGAAGCGUCAACGCCUCUUCGGCCACCACUAGACAGCACAACUCAGGCGACACAUCCAACGUUGUUAGACUCCUGGACGAAAUCUGUGAACACCUUGUCGCUGAACCAACAUCAAGCGAGUCUUGGUAUAGUCAAUAGCUCCGACCCCAGCGAACCAUCUUCACCUCUGGCAAAGGCACGUUCAAAGAACUUAGAAAGACGCGCACCAGCUAAUGCAAGCCCUAACCCGCCUCGAUUGCUUCAGCAGAGACCAUUCAGAACACCUUUUCGAAGAGACAUAGAUGUGCGAACAGUGUCUCCUGUACAAAAUCCACAACUGCCACCGAGUCCGCACAGUACGCCAGGGCCAGCUCCCAGCAAUAUGUCAUCAUCUCCUUCUCGAAGCCCGCGACUGACAGGACCAGAAUUGCCGGGGUUUAGUAGACCUAGUCUGGCACUCUCCACUGAGCUCGACGAUAUAAUGGAUUUUGAGCACCGAAAGAGAGCAUCUGUCCUCCAACAUCGAAGUCGUCACAGACAGACAUCGACCGACACCUCGACAGCAGGAGCGAUGUCAGCGAAAAAUGUAGACAGUUCGAAUUCUCUUCAAGCAUCAGCAGUUGGCUAUGUUCCAUCUGAGGAAGCGAUUACCGACCGCAGUUCUUACGCAUCCAGAUUCGCGUCGGACAGGACAGACGUUGAAGACAUACCCAAACAACCAAACUCGGCUUCAUAUACACAGAAUCCUUCACAAAACCGAUAUCGAAAAUCCAUCCGUUCCCUCGACGAGUUGAUCGAAAGUUCUUCUGGCAAGGAGAGUGCUCGCUACAAUGAUCAAGCUCGAGUUCAAGCUCUAGAAACGAAUGCAAUAAUAGAGCAAAGGCUACAGCAGCCUGAGAAACAGCACGACAAGAAGGGAAGAACUAAAAUAUCCAAAUUACCAUUUGAAGCCAUAUCUGCUGCUACCACAACAUAUACCUUGGUAGCAGUCAUGCAGGAUAUCGGUAGGACCAAGCCAGAGAAUCUGGCAAAAUCUGCUGCAACAAUGGCGCACAUCGAUCCGUAUAUCACGACAGGACUAAUAGAUCUAGCAUUUUCUGAUUCUGAUUCACGUCAAUACAUUUUGCACACUUACGAGCAAGAUGUCAGGAUUAUGCUAGAACGGAGGAAAACGUCUUGA